AUGACGGGCGUCCCUCGGCAGGCGCUGGACGUCACGCAGCAGCUGGACGCCGGGGUGCGGUACCUGGACCUGCGCAUCGCGCACAUGCUGGAGGGCUCGGAGAAGAACCUGCACUUCGUACACAUGGUGUACACGACGGCGCUGGUGGAGGACACCCUCACGGAGAUCUCCGAGUGGCUGGAGCAGCACCCCCGGGAGGUGGUCAUCCUGGCCUGCAGGAACUUCGAGGGGAUGACGGAGGACCUGCAUGAGUACCUGGUGGCCUGCAUCAAGAACAUCUUUGGGGACAUGCUGUGCCCCCGAGGGGAGCUGCCCACGCUGCGGCAGCUGUGGGCGCGGGGCCAGCAGGUCCUGCUCUCCUACGAGGACGAGGCCUCGGUGCGGCGGCACCCGGAGCUGUGGCCGGGAGUCCCCUACUGGUGGGGCAACAAGGUCAAGUCGGAGGCCCUGAUCCGCUACCUGGAGGACAUGAAGCGCUGCGGCCGCCCGGGGGGCCUGUUCGUGGCCGGCACCAACCUCACCGAGGACCUGGAGUACGUGCUGGCGCACCCGGCCGGGUCCCUGAAGGAGGUGACCCUGUCCAGCCUGCCCGCGCUCGGCGCCUGGGUCCGCGAGCAGUGCCCGGGGCCCGGCGCCCGCUGCACCAACAUCAUCGCCGGCGACUUCGUGGGCGCCGACAGCUUCGUCGGCGACGUCAUCGGGCUCAACCAGAAGCUGCUGUGGGGCUGACGGUCCCCUGCGGUCAGCCGGCGGCAGCCCGGGGGCAGCCCUGGCCCCGGCUGGGCGGGCGCUGCUCCAGAUCCCGCGAGAAGACGUCCUCCGAGCUCCAGAUCCCGCGAGAAGACCUCCAUCCAAGGGAUGUGCCUGUGGUCAGGGAUGACCACGGGGUGGGUCCAGCGGGUGUGUCCCGGGCAGUCCCGACCUCGGGGUGGGUCCAACGGAAGUGCCCUGGUCAGCCAUGGAUGUGCUCAUGGGCAUGGCCAUCAUGAUGGGUCCAGCAGAUUUGUCUGUGGUCAACGAUGACAAUUGGGAUGGGUCCAGCGGGUGUGCCCUGGUCAGCCGCGACCAAGGGAUGGCUCCAACGAAUGUGCUGUGGUCAACCAUGACUGUUGGGAUAGGCCAGUGGGCACACCCUGGUCAGCCAUGACCAUGGGGAUGUGUCCAGCGGUGUGCCCUGGUCAGCCAUGACCAUGGGGAUGUGUCCAGCGGUGUGCCCUGGUCACCGAGGCCUACUCAACCCAGCGGGAAGCAUGGCCUGUGCAGGGUGGGGAUGCUAGCAGAGGGGUCAGGGCCUCCUCACCCUGUGCUUUAGAAAGUCCCCGCUUCCAAGAGUGUCACGUCCCCUGGACGGAUGGGGUGGGGACCUGUGCAGAGACCCUCUUGCAGUAGUCAACACAUGGCCUGGCUGUCAGCUCACUCUGACGCCGCCCUUUCCCCGGGCAGCAGGCUCCUGGGGACCCUGGUCCAUCUUGCUUUGGCCAGCUGUUAGUGGAGGGCCUGAGGGGUGGCCAGUGGGCGGUCCUGCGUCUGCUGGCCCCACAGUGUCACGGGCGGUCUGGUCUGUGUUCUAGUCUCUGCAUCCUGGAGCUUGGGCACCUGGCCUUGCAGCCCGGGGUGGGGGGGGACUGUCCCCAGAGGUCAGAGGCUCCUGAGACCCCGCCCCUUGCAGGCGGGCUUCUCCAGGGCCAGCGUUUCCUAGACCCUCCUGGUGGGCACCCGCUGCUGGAGGCCCUGGGCACUGAAGGAGCCCACCCCGGGCUGUUUCCCAGCCUCCUGCCCACUGGGCAGGCCCGGGCAAGGCUGGGGGGCUCCCUGGGCGCUGGCCCUGCAGGCGCCCGUGACUGGGUCAAUCUGGACCUCCCACAGCUGCUGUGGCUGGGGUGCCACCUCCCGGUCCCAGGUCCCUUUAAACCCCGCAGGUGGCCGAGAGGCCUGGUCCUGCAGCCUGCCGCAGCCCUGCAGAGCCGGUGUUCCCUGGUCAUCUCAAUGCCCACGACGUGUCACGGCACCCGUUACGGGCCGUCCUGCCGUCACAGAAGGGCGCAGACCUGGGUGUUCAGGACCGUCUGGAAAUGGCGCCCUGGUCCGCGAAGCCUGUUGCACUUGGGACCCACAGGGUGGUUUCAGAGGAAACUGCUCGGGCUUUGUGGUCAACUGUCAUGGCACUGCCGAGACGCGGCACAGCAGGACCAGCUCUGGGCACAUCCCAGCACUGCCUGGCCCCUCCCCACCACCAAGCACCCUGGGGACAGCCCUUGGAUGCUCAGGUCACAAGGGCGUCAUUUCCUGUCUUAGGAGCCACCAUUCAGGGUUAGUCCACCCUUGAGGACAAUUAAAAGGAACCAAGCCAAA